AUGUCCAGUAAAUAUGAUAGCUGAACGAAACGAAAGCAAUAGCGGUCAACAAAUUUGCCCACAUGAUAACUUUCGGUUUUGAUACAGAACUUCCGGUUUCCGGGUUCGGAGAACGCAGCGCGGUUUAAUACAGGAAAGCGGGAGAUAUUGUAAUAUUUGAUUUAUAUAAACAAAACAAAACAAAAUAAAAACACUCUGAACAGCUGUUAUAGCUCAGGAAGAAAUGAAUGGAAUGGAUCCGCUGGACUUUCUAUCUCAUGAGGAGUUAUCUCGUUUUUUUCACUGCAAGAAGACAGAGAUCUCUUGCAUGGAGGAGCCGUACACCUUCCUCAACCAGCUCCGAGACCACGACCUGGUACCUGAACAUCUCUACAGGAAGGUAAUAAAGAUAAAGUGUAAAAGCAAAAGGCAGGACGGUGUGUAUGAGAUUUUGGACUGGCUGGAGAAGGAGCGAGGAGAGUGUGUGAAGCUGUUUUGGACUUGUGUGUUUAAGAAUCAUAUCCUACAGAAAUAUUCGGUUCUCCGCUUGCUCCGAAACAGCCUCCUGGAUGGCUCCUUCAGGUGUUAUAUGGUGCGCCAUGAUGUGAAGGAACUGAGCAAGAACAAGCAAGACUCAAUCCAGAGCAGGGAAGAUAAAGCAGAUAGAAAAAAGAGGAAGAAAAGCAGUGAAGAAACAGAGGAGCAGGAAGAAGCAGGCCCUUCUCCUUUCUCUAAUCGCAGCCAGAAGAAACCAGCUAAGAAGCCCGCGUUCACCACUACAUCAAGGAAAGGAGAGAAGGCGGAUAUUUGGAUGUGGGAUUUGUAUAAAACUCAUCUCCCUGUGACCUGCGGUGAUAAAGAAGGCACUCUGGAUCGAAAAAAACUGGCCAGAAGGGGUAAGAGUAUCCAGUCUCAGGGUCAGUGGUUCUCUGCAGGCGAGUUCGUGAGGUUUGCCGGAAAGGGAAACGGCAGGAGAUGGAAACAGAGAAUCCUCUGCCAGAACACUCCUCUGCAGAGACUUAUAGAGGAGGGUCAUCUUCAGUGUCCAGUCAGACGCCACAAUCAGAAGAAUCAGAAAAUUCAGCCUCCUGACUGCUCCUCGGAAGACUCUAGCCCUGAGUCAGUAUCCAGUGUAGAGACAGAGGGAUCCAGAGAAGACCUGGACGAGGAAGGGACACUGAGACAAGAAGAAGAAGAAGAUGAUGAUGAAGAAGAAGACAGCCAGUCUAAGUUUCACAAUUUCGCUUUACCAGUCAGAUGCGGCUCCGUCAGUGGAGUUUUAUACAGAAGCCGAUUUGCAGGGCCACUCAGUAAGAGCAUCCGCACAGAGGAGCACUGGUUCAGCCCUGAGGAGUUUGUGAUGCAGGAGUUAACUCCGAGGGAAAGAGACUGGAAGGAGGAUAUACUGUGUCACGGCAAAACCUUCAACUACCUGAUCAAGAAGAAGAUCCUGUAUGUCCAUUCACUGCAGUGUCGCUGUGUCCUGUGCUGCCCUGAGAAUAAGAUGGAUCAGGAAAACGAUGACGUCUGCUUCAUCUGUAACUCUGCGGGAAAUCUGGUGUGCUGUGACGAAUGUCCACGAGCUUUCCAUCAUCACUGUCACUUACCAGUGCUGCAGGACAAUACUCUCGGGAGCAAUUGGUUGUGCACCUUCUGUGUGUUAAAAACUAACGAGCGAUUGUGGAUUCCCAUGACCAUUGAAGGAGUUUUGAAGAGUCUUGUUUCUGGAAACAUUUUGCGCUGUGAGUAUUUGCUGUUGAAUUUGUAUAAGGAGGACUCGCUGUGUGUGUUCACUCAGGAUCCCUCUGAAACAAUCCCAAGGUACACCAGGGUGAUCUCUAAGCCCAUGUGGCUGGACCAGGUCACGAACAAACUGCACAAUAAGGAGUAUAGAACAGUGAGAGAGUUCGUAGGAGACGUCAGACUCAUCUUUCAGAACUGCCGCAUUUUCAAUGAGGAUAAUGAGUUUGGGGAGAUGGGAGCCAGACUGAGUGAGAUAUUCGAGCGCGAGUUCCACACCGUCUUUAAGAUCGAGUAGCGAGUUUCCUCUUCCACAAACCAGUGAAACUUUAACUGCUGUUAACCUCUCACUCCCAUAACCAGAUGUCUGUUUAUACACCUACUAAUUACUAAAAAAUAAAGUCAGUGUUUAUGUAAUGAUAUGUCAUGGGUAAAAAAAUCCCGUCUUGGGUGCAAAAGCACUGAACGUAUAAAGCGAUACACGCUGCUUUAGUGUUUAAUGACAUGUGCUUUAUGAAUGUUUAUACAUUAACUGUUCCUUUGUUUAACUAAGAUUUUAUAUUUCAGCAUUAAGAAGGAAGUCUUUUUGCUUUGUGUUCUCGUACGAUCUUUUACUUCCUUCUUACUUGCACUUUUUUUCACUUUCCUGUAUUAAUUGGAUAUUGUUUUUUAUCUAGUUAUUCAGAAUGAUAUGAACACGCUUAUUCAUUUAUUCUAAAGAUAUUCACUGAUCGAAAGAAUCUACUUCAUUAUGUGUAUGUUUCAUUUUACAGUCAUUUGAACUGUUUGACUGUUUGAAUAUAUAUAUAUAUUUGUGAACCUGAUGUUGAGUUUGGUUCAGGAUUUAGAGAGAACCGAAGGUGAAACCUUAUAAUAAAAUAAAUAAAAG